AUGAGCGGUCAAGAAGAUUUCUCGAAGCGCAAGCUUUGGGGUGGUCGCUUUACAGGCACGACCGAUCCCAUCAUGCACGCGUACAACGAGUCCCUCUCCUACGAUCAGCGCAUGUGGGCGCAAGAUAUCCGAGGCUCACAAGCCUACGCUAGAGCCUUGGUAGGGUGCGGCAUCCUGAGCGCCGAAGAACGAGAUCAGAUCGUCGCUGGUCUGGACAAGGUAGGGGAGGAAUGGAAAGCUGGGAAAUUCCAAGCUGCUGCGGAUGAUGAGGAUAUUCAUACUGCCAAUGAGCGAAGACUCAAAGAGCUUAUUGGUGCUGUGGCUGGCAAGCUGCACACUGGUAGGAGCAGAAAUGAUCAGGUGGCUACGGAUAUGAGACUUUGGCUCAUCGACGAGGCUGCCAAGCUGGAGACUCUGCUCAUCCAACUCAUCGAUGUCAUGGUCAAGAGGGCCAAAGCAGAGAUCGAUGCGCUCAUGCCUGGCUACACUCACCUUCAAAGGGCCCAACCCAUCCGCUGGUCGCACUUGCUUCUCUCGCACGCCUCCUACCUAUCCUCGGACCUAUCGCGUUUGAGAGAUCUGAGACCUCGUAUCAGCGUCCUUCCGCUCGGAAGCGGACCAUUGGCCGGCAAUCCUUUCAGUCCAGACAGAAUCGCCAUCGCCAAGGAUCUUGGCUUCCUCUCGGUCGGGCCAAACAGCAUGUACAACGUCAGCGAUAGGGACUUUGUAGUGGAGACGCUCAUGUGGGCCAGUUUGACUGCUGUGCACCUCAGCAAGCUUGCAGAAGACUUUAUCAUCUACUCUAGCGCCGAAUUUGGAUUCAUGACACUUUCGGAUGCAUAUAGGUAA